AUGGCCACCAGUAGACCGAAAUCGAUACCAGAGACUUCGCUAAACAGCAGAAAUGAUCCUUUUAUGCAAUUGUCUUCCCAGGAUUCAUUAGAAUGGCGAAAAAAACCUAUCAAAACGACCAAGAAACCGCUUUCCAAAGGCAUACCACCGAAAGCUUUCCACUGCGGCACGCAGGAAAACCGUCGACGUCCUCGACCUGGAGAAGCACAAAAACUGAAAAUGCAUGCCGAAACCCAGACAAAAGUAUUGAACGAACAGAAGAAACGAUUGGGUCAAAACUUAUCUAUUCAACGAUCGGCUUUUAAGGAAGUGACUUCGUUGCGCACUUGGCCACUCCAAGCAAAAGCAUUGUCAGACUUGGAACAACUAGUACGGGGCUAUAUUCACACCAAAGGCGGCCAUAGCAACGGACAUCGUCAAAAAAAAGACGAUGAAGACAACAACCAUCGUGAGGCAUUUCUUCCACCGGAUCCAUCGCAACCAUCAGCAGGGGACUGUUCAUCCACGCUGACUUCUUCGGCGUCAGCGCCCUCUGGUGAAAGAGAGCGCAAGCUCGCAAUGCGAAAUCCACGCUUGAGUCCGGAAAAAAGUCGCCUCAAGACUCAAUAUCAGAUGUCCUUUCUUGCGGAGCAAGAACUGCAACCACCUCUUCCAGCUGCGUAUCAGUUUGGCUCUCCGCUGUGGUCCAUGGAACCACGAAUCUUUAGCACGGAAAAAUCAAAUACUGGCAAACGGAAGUACGUUGUAGGCCAGCUCGGUCGUUUCAUGGACUUGUACUGGCGAAAAGCUGAUCCAAAUCAGCGUCACUAUUACGAGCUCAUCCGUGAAAACACGCCCUGUAGGCUAUAUUUUGACCUUGAGUUUUCGAGGAUUUGCAACCCUGGUAUUUCUGAAGCCGAUGCUGAAACACUACUUGAUGAGUUCUAUUCAGAGCUCGUCGCAGAUCUUGAGACUGCGUAUAAAAUCACUGAAAUGAGGCGCACUAAUAUUGUUGAUUUGGACUCGAGUACGGAAACCAAGUUUUCUCGGCAUUGGAUUGUUCAUUUACCGAACGAGUGGCUUUUUGCCAAUACAUAUGCAGUGGGGCAAUUUGUGAAAAACCUCGUCGGACGCCUAGCGGAAUUACAAGCGACUGGGCAACUCGGGCUGACACGACCGAUGUUGCAGAAGCUACUUUUCGUGGCAGGAAAUGUACGGACCGCUUCUGAUUCUGCCCCAGAGAAAAAAACAUGCUUCAUUGAUUUAGGUGUGUACACACGAAAUCGUCUGUUUCGAUUGCUCGGAUCCUCAAAGUUUGGAAAACCAGCUUCAGCAGCACUCCGUAUCUCUGAAUCAAAUGAAUUCCGGUUUCCAAAAGACUUCGGAAAUCACAAUUUUUAUUUACCUGCGAUGCGGGCUCAUCUCCGUAAGGAGGAGAACAAUAGCAUAAACAUCGAAGAUAGUGACAGCAAGUUUGAAACGGCCCUCAAGGAAUUUGUGGCCGCCACAGACUGGUCGAUGCAUGCGGAAGUGCUCGCACAAACGUUGGUUGUCCCAGCGAACCAGUCCAAGCUACAGCACCUUGUUUUACCUUUCAUUGAUGAUUUCAAAGAGGAGCUUAUUUCCCGCGUUCCAGGGCAGACACGCCGGCUUCUGGCCAUGGAAGCUAAACCAAUUUGUGUGGGUCCAUCUCCGUAUCCGGUCCUUGACGACUACGUACAGAGAGAGUUAGCGACACGUGGCGGCGUUAAAGGGGCGAUACGAGCGUGGUCUGUUGAGAUGGAUCCAGAACAAGAUUGUGCAUUACGCAUUACGUAUCAAAUGAGCCGAAACCGAUGGUGCGAAUGUGUACGUCGUGAACACAAAAGUAACAAUAUUUUCUGGUCUGUGGAUUUUGCAUCCUAUCAGGCUGUUCAAGGCUGUCACGAUCCCGAAUGCCGUCUUAUGAAUUUCCGCGGAUCACCAAUAAGUCUACCCGAUGAAGUGACAGAAGCUGUUCGUGAUACCCUGCUCGAGGAGGCGCUUUGCAAAUUCGAUGAAAAGUCUCUUCUGCAUCAAAGCAAAACAAAAAUAGAGGAAGAAAAAAGGAUUUCCGCUACGGCAUUACUUUGUGACGAAUCAUUCGAAUGCGCAUUGGGCGCGCUGAAUUUGGACGACAUACUUGCACCAUUAAGUGUAGGCUCGAUAUCACAGUCCUCAGACAUGGUAGCAACGGUUGAUGUGGAAAAUAGCGCUUGCAAAAUUACGCAACCAGUUCAUUCAAAGUUUGAGCAAGUUGGCGGCGUAGAAGAUGAUUCUGGCUGGUCUUCAGAUUGCGAAGAUGUCGUCGCAAUUGCUCGAAAACUUGAAGAGAAACGUAAAGAAAGCACCGAUUUGAAGUAA